AUGUCUGUUGUCGCCUCUAACACGGCCGGCGAGCAGGCAUUGUGCCAUCAUGGAAGUCCCCAGCGAGACUGCGAUGCCCCGCUCAACGGGUCUUCCAAGCCGGCUGGUGUCAAGUUUUCUCUGAACGACCUCAGACUAGGCGAAAGCUUUGAUACAAUCAAGCUCGACGUCGGACUCCUAGCGUGGCACAUUGGCCACUUCCCCAAGGAACACGGGGCGGCUGGUGAAAGGGUCAGCGAAGAUGACCUUUACGCGAUUCUGGAACUGUCUCAAAACAUAGGAAACAACGUUGACAAAAUUUUUGCCCUUCGAAAUCAGAAUGCGAUCCCAACAGAGAGCGAAAGCAUACAAGAAGAGCCCAUUAGUCCUGGAGAAAGCCAAUAUCAUCAGCCGCACCCUUUGGAGAAUACAUGCCCCAGGAGAAGGAGGAGCGAAGAUUCAAGCCCGGGCCCACGAAUUCCCGCAAAGCGACAGCGAAGCAUUGCCUGCUGCCGGACAUGCUUGACCGACCAAACACCGAAAUGGCGAAAUGGCCCAGCUGGCCCUGGGACUCUGUGCAAUGUGUGUGGCUUAAUAUAUGCGAAGCGACGGGGAAGAAUUCGCGCCGCGAAAGACGCACCGAAGCAGCCCUCGUCUUGCUAG